AGCGCCCCCCCCGGCCCAAGCCGGGGCGUGGAUCGGCCUGCGCCUCUGCUGGGAAGGCGUCGCCAGCCCCGCUUCCACCCCAGCCCAGGGAGUGGCGCCCCCUCCACGAGGAGUCCGGGCGCCAAGCCAAAGGAUGCGGCGAGUUCAUCCCUGGCUGCGGAGAGCAGGGCGGAGCCUCUUGGAGAAGUGCGGCCGGCCGGCCGGCAGGCAACAGCUCGUCCCUCCGGGAAAGGGAGCGGGGGUCUCGCUCUGCCAAGCCCCCUGGGGCACUGGGAGGCAGAGAAGAAUCAAGGAAGCUGCUGGCCCAUGUAGCUCAGUAUUGUUAGCACUAACUGGCAGCAGCUCACCAGGACUGCAGGCAGGGGUCUUCCCUUGACCUACAGCGGGAUGCAAGGAUUGAACCUGCAUUGCCUGCCCAAGCUCUUCUGGCCGUUCUCUUUUCCAAAUCUUGCAGUCACGAAUAAACAGUCCCAGAGAGGGACGUGGGGCAGCCAUUACCAGAAACUGAGGAGAUGGAAGAGACGCCCCAAAGAAAGCAGGAGGGCUCCACCAGCUAUGCAGUGGGAGCUGCUUCCGGCUUCCUCACUACACUGGUGACCUUCCCCAUCUACAAGACCAUCUUUCGCCAGCAGCUCCACGCCCUCUCCAUCACGGAGGCCGUUCACCAGCUGUGCCGGGAGGGCCUCGCCCGCUUCUACCGCGGCAUUUCCCCGCCACUCCUAGCCAAGACGCUGCAGGGAGCCUUCAUGUACGGCCCCCACGAUAGCUUCCUUCGAACCUUCUCAGGCCAGUCCUCUGGGUCUUACUCGCUGGGAGACCGGGCCACCGCAGGAGUCUUCUCUGGUUUCUUGGAAGCCUUGGCCCUUGGCCCCUUUGAGAGGGUCCAGAAUGUGCUCCAGGACGGGCGGAAGGUCCACAGGUUUCCAACGACCGGUAGCAUCUUGAAGGAGUUCAGCUCCUACCCCCUGAAGGACAAGCUGGCGCUGGGCUACUGCAGAGGCCUCAGCCUUGUCCUCCUCCGCAACAGCUUGGGCUGCUCCCUCUACUUCUCCUUCAAGGAUCCCCUCCGCGACAGCCUUUCUGAGAGGGGCUUGCCCGGGUGGCUCCCUGCCCUGCUCUCGGGCAGUGUGAAUGGCACCGCCAUUUCAUUCCUGCUCUACCCGCUCAGUGUUCUCAUUGCCAACAUGCAGUCUCAGGUCGGGAAGCAGGAAGCCCUCAGGCUCCAUGCUGCGGCAGCUGCUGUCUGGAGGGGUCACGGCAGGAGAGUCUCGCUGCUCUACCGGGGGGGAUCCCUCCUUAUCCUCCGCUCCGGCCUAACGUGGGGCCUCACUACAGCCAUACAUGACUUCCUGCUGGAGGCCACGAACUAGGAGCCCCAGCCGCUCCUUGAGGGCCGCCCAGAGCCAUGGCACUGGAGCCAGGCCUUGCGUUGGGGAGCUGCUUCUGGGCCAGGCGGGGAAGGUCACCAUCACUAGACAAAUGUGCAAAAUAUGAAUACGGGGCAGGGAAGAGAACCUACAUGGAGGAACAUCGUUCAGUCGGGGAGGGGGGAGGGAUCCAAAUUCCUAGGCAUAUCAGUGGGGGAGCAGAGGAGAAAUAAGGUGGAGGAAAAGGCUAUCAGUGGCUACUAGCCAUGACAGCCGUGCUGUGCCUCCACGCUCAGAGGCAGUAUGCUUCCGAACACCAAAGAGUGCUCUUGCGCUCAGGUCUUGCUUGCAGGCCGCGUCCUAUAAGGGGCAUCUGGCUGGCUGUCUGGUGUGAGAACAGGAUGCUGGACUGGAUGGGCCCCCUUUGGCCUGACCCAGCAGGCCCUUCUUGUGUUCUUAAGAUACAGAAAGUGCUGGUCUCAAAAUCCUCAGCAGAAAUCUGAGGCUGUGGAGCCUGAUGAAAACACACCCAUGCACAUGCACACUGGGAUAACCCUCCAGCCAGCUGCCCUCCCCUAGAUCCAGUACAUGCCUCUGGCUGCCGCCCUAAGCUCAGUCAGAAGAGACUCCCAUUGAACCCAGGACUGCCUCUGAGGGAACGUGCAGUGCCCUGGGUUGGGAGGGAGGCUGCAAGGAGGGCAGAUGGGGAGCAGUCCUAGAAUGGGUGCCCCUCCAGGGCUGGGUUUGUCUGUCUUCCUCCCAACUGAGAGCAGCUUUCCCACGGAGGAUGGAUCAGGCCCACCCACCCUGCAAGUGUCGUUCAGGCAGCUCAGAUGCAUGCCUGGGAUGAGGGGACAGGGCCAAAUAUUGGGCAGAGGGGACCCAAAGUGCAGGGGGAGCACCACUGCACAGCUUGCUCUUUGUGCCCUGCGCAGGGGUGUUGAUUAAUUGAAGCUGCACUGCUAAAAGCAGGAGGGAGCAAGUGCCAUGGAACUGGGACUUGCUUUUCAGUAAGCAGGAGGCUUGUGCUAUCAGUGAAUCAAGGAGACAAGGAACAAAUGAUAUGCCGAUUGAACUGAUUUGUAUAUUGAUUACUUUGAUAAACCAAACAUAUUUGACUCUUAAGAAACUGGGCUUUACUUAGUGAUUUUUGAGAUAUGAACCAUUAAUUGCUGAAAACAUGCUGUAAACUUUUUUGAAAUGAACUGAAUCUAUUGAUUAUGGGCAUGAAUUAAAUAAAUGCAUUAGAAUGAACUAGAUGCUGAUUUGUUUGAUGAAUUAACUGCAGCUAGCCAUGGUUGUCCAUUAUUAUUUUAUUUAGUUAUAAUUUGUAUUUAAAGAAAUUCAAUUC